AUGUCAUAUAGAGACCUUACUGGGAACCACCCAGACGACGCUAAUAGGGAUGCUGGCAGCUCAGCACUAUCCAGCUCCUCGUCUUCAAUCGCUAAUGAACAUAAGCAAAUGGCAAAUGAUAAAAACUUACGUAACCCCUUCGUUACCACUAGUGAAGAGGAUGUGCACUCUACUUCUUCUUCCCAAAACUUGCUACCACACGAUAACAACUAUGAGCUGGCUCAUACCCCCGAUCUAAUCGCUCCCGAACACCACUUCACUAGCAGUUCUGGCAGUAAUAGCAACCCUGCCUCCUUGAAUGAGAAGAUGGCAGCCGACUACAAGGGCUAUUACUCAAAGCACAACAAGGGGUCCCCCAGCAGAUUCUACUCUGCAAACUCUAGGAAGAACUCCAGCUCUAUAACUCCGCCCCUGAACAUAGGCAACUACUCUGACCUGUCGAGCAACGAUAUACGUGCGCCACCUGCUUUCGACAGGUACCCGCUAGUGGGCUCGCGGUUGCAUCUCAGCAACUACAGACAGAACUUCAUAAAGAACGACUCACCUCCGCCACCUUUCAAAAACGAGAAACUCGCAGACGGCGAGAGCUCAUUGAUAGUGCCUUCCUCAGUCAUGUUUCUGGAUGACCAGGACUUCUCCCCGUUCGGUGGCUACCCAGCAUCGGCGUUCCCUCUGUCCAUGGAUGAGAAAGAGGACGACGACUUCCUGCACAACCCGGACCCAGAAGAAGAAGCUAGGCUGGACAAACACAGGUUCUCAGAGGACUUGAAGCACAUGAACAAGAAAUCCUUCGGUGGUAUACUGGGCGUGCUGUUCUUGUUCCUCGGUGCCAUCGCCUUGUUCAUCAUCUUGCCAGUGCUAACAUACUCGGGCGCAGUAGACCACCACGACAAUAACAUACACCCUGCGAACUCCACAAACUUCACAAACCACAACGCGGUACCGCUGUCCCUGUACCAAUACCCUCAACUGUCGGCCAUCAGAACAUCGCUGGUGGACCCCGACACCCCUCAGAGCGCCUUGACUAGAAAAGCCAAGGACGGCAGUGAUUGGAGGCUGGUCUUCUCAGAUGAAUUUAACGCUGCCGGAAGGACUUUCUACGACGGAGAUGAUCAAUUUUGGACCGCCCCAGAUAUCCAUUACGAUGCAACAAAGGACUUGGAAUGGUACUCCCCAGAUGCGACCACAACAAGAAACGGUACCUUGCAAUUGAGAAUGGACGCUUUCAAAAACCACAAUCUAUACUACAGAUCUGGUAUGGUACAGAGCUGGAACAAAUUAUGCUUUACUCAAGGAGCUUUGGAGAUUUCUGCCAACUUGCCCAAUUAUGGUAAAAUCAGUGGCUUGUGGCCAGGUUUAUGGACAAUGGGUAACCUUGGCAGACCAGGUUACCUAGCAUCCACUGAAGGUGUCUGGCCAUACUCUUAUUCUUCCUGUGAUGCAGGCAUCACACCCAACCAGAGUUCACCAGACGGACUAUCAUACUUGCCAGGCCAAAAGCUAAGUGCUUGUACGUGUGAUGGAGAAGAUCAUCCUAACCCAGGUGUUGGUAGAGGUGCUCCUGAACUUGAUAUUCUGGAGGCAGAAGCAAGCACUGAGCUUCGUGUAGGUGUGGCAUCUCAAUCGUUACAAAUUGCGCCAUUCGACAUUUGGUACAUCCCUGAUUAUAAUUUUGUUGAAAUCUACAACUUCAGCACUACCACUAUGAAUACUUACUGUGGUGGGCCAUUUCAACAAGCGAUCUCUGCUGUGACAACUUUAAAUGCCUCAUGGUAUGAAUUUGGAGAAGGCUCUGGUAAAUUCCAGAAAUUUGCAAUCGAAUAUCUAAACGAUAAGAACAAAGGUUACAUCAGAUGGUUUGUAGGAGAUAAUCCAACGUUCACCAUGUAUUCGACAGCUCUUCAUCCUAAUGGUAAUAUUGAUUGGAGGUAUAUUAGUCAAGAGCCAAUGUCUAUUAUUAUGAACUUGGGUAUUUCACCAAAUUGGGCGUAUAUUGACUGGCAGAUGAUUUAUUUCCCCGUGGUUAUGUCAAUAGACUAUGUGAGACUAUAUCAACCAGAAAAUGCCGUGUCAUUGACUUGUGACCCAGAAGACUAUCCAACGUAUGACUACAUUGAAUCCCACAAAAAUGCGUAUUAUAAUGCAAAUUUGACAAGCUGGAAGAUGGCUGGCUACACAUUCCCGAAAAAUCAAUUGACUGGGAACUGUAAGAGUUCCAAUUUCAAGCAUUGA